AUGCAAAGCAAUUUCACAAUCAAAAUAUUGCCAUACUUAAAUCAAAUGGUUGUGACAACGGACCCUGAUACAGAAAUUCAAGAAAUGCUCGAAUACAUUAAGAGUUAUUAUGAGUAUAGAGUUUAUUUAUUUCUUAGUAUUAGAUCCGAUACAAAAUAUUGGACAUGCUAUUCUGAAAUGAAACGCAUUUUCUUACAUCACAAUUGUGGGAUUGGAAUUGCCAAAGAUGAUAAGCUUAUCAUCAAUACUUCACCUAAUUAAAAAUAGAGUACUCCAGAUGUUGAUCUUGCAAACUCGUAGUCUUUUAUCUAUUCUGAAUUAUAAUACAGUUAAAAUUACUGUCAACAAUAUUUGCUACAGAAUUAAAUUCAACACUAAUCCUGCAAUAAAUAUAAUAGUGGAUAGCAAUCUCAUUUAAAUUAAUCUGAUUAUAUAUUUGAUACAACUUAGUUCUAAGCGCCAUUGGAACGUUGGGAAUCAGUGAUCAUCAAUUUUGAAAUUAUUAAUGGAAGUAAGAAAUACUACUUAUAGUGUACCUAUAGGGAAGAUGAUAUAUUAAACGAUUUAGCUAUAACUGUGCUUGCAUAUUUAAGAGUAUCAAGGUAUUCUAUUAAAUUAUAAUUAGUGAGAGGGCAUCCUGUGAUUUAUUUUAUAGUAAUUGCAGUCUCAAUAAUUAUGAUACGCGUUAGUAACAAAUUCGUCAUACACGCUUUAUUGAAUCUGGUAUUACUCUACACGCACAAUUAAGAUGGAUUGGAUUAAAAAAUUGA